CACAAAAAAGCUACACUCCUCACAUAUGAUCAUAAACAGUUGAUCAUAUGUCUUAUUGACCCUCCUCAGUUGGUUGUUCUUGUUAUGAUCUGCAUUCUGACAUGAUUGUUUCUUUGGCAGAUGUUAGUGCCCCCCCCAGUGGCCCCCGGAAGAGUGAAAGCCCUUUCUUCCUGAUGGGGAAGGUGGUCAUGCAGCAGAGCUAUGUCUGUGCUCUUAUAGCCAUGAUGGUGUGGAGCAUCACGUACCACAGCUGGCUGACCUUCGUGCUGCUGCUGUGGGCCUGCCUCAUCUGGAUGCUGCGCGCCAGGCGCCAUGCGGCCACCCUCUGCUCCCCCUUCAUCCUGCUGUACGGCCUGGCUCUGUGCUGCCUGCAGUACGUCUGGGCCAUGGAGCUGCAGCCGGAGCUGCCCACCACCGUGGGCACCAUGAGCCUCCGCCAGCUGGGGCUGGACCGAGACCAGUACCCCUGUCUGAGGCUGGGAGCCAUG